AUGAAACCGCACGAAAGACAAGCCGCGGCUGCCAAAGAAGCGUAUCUCAGGCGAUUGGAUAUUCUUUCAACCAUACCGCAUGAUCUUGUUGUGGAGCAAGUUAGAAAUAAGUGUCCCGGGUGUGGUUCCAUGUUUCAGUCCGACACUCCAGAGCGACCCGGGUACGUACCUCCGACUGUCGUGGAAGAAGACCCGCUUCCCGAUCCAGUUCCAAUUACUGAGGAUGACGAAGCACCACCCAAGCUUCCGAAAAUUCAAAAGGACCCGGUGUGUCAAAGAUGUUACCGCUUAACCCACUACGGCAAAAUUGAGAGUCACUUGCGCGUGAAGCCAAAGCGAACAUUUCCAUUGCCCCGGACGUCGAGUUUAUCGGACAAGACAGAUAUAGAAAAAGAGUCUUCCGGAGACGGACUGAGUGAGCUUUCUCCAAGAAAGUUUCGAAGGACUUUGGAACGUCUUCGGAAUGUGAAUGCUGUCAUCAUCUUCCUGGUGGAUAUAUUCGAUUUCCAUGGCACUUUUAUUCCUUCUGUGGAAGACAUCAUCGGACAGAAAAACCCUAUUAUACUGGCUGUAAAUAAGGUCGACCUGCUUCCAAAGAAUUACAAAGCGUCUCGAGUGGAAGGAUGGAUCAAACAUGAGUGCUCGGUCAUGGGGUUGCACGACGUGGCUGGAAUUCACUUAGUUUCGUCGACGAAAGGAACAGGUGUUGGAGAACUGGUUGCUGAUGCUUUACGAAUUGCUAAGCAACGGCGGUCUGAUGUGUAUGUGAUUGGUGCUGCAAAUGUGGGGAAGUCUUCUUUUAUCAAUCGACUUAUGCGAAUUCGAAAGGGAAAGGGGAACGGUAGUCGCUCUAAAGAUGAUGGGCGUCCUCGUCGUGACAAGACAUCACUGGGCACCAUAACGACAAGUGUUGUCCCUGGGACGACGCUAGACGUUAUCCGUAUUCCCCUCGGUGGGAAAGUGAACCUGUAUGACACGCCCGGCUUAAUGAUCUCGCACCAGUUGACAAACUUUUUAGAUGCCAAAGAGCUCCGAGCGGUGCUUCCCUCAAAAUCUGUGGAAAACGUCACUUUUCGGCUUGCCGAAGGCAAAGCGAUCUACAUUGGUGGGCUGGCACGACUCGAAGUGGUAUCUGGGAAGCCUUUCUUUUUCACUUGCUUUUUUGCGCCAACGGUGAAAAUACAUCCAGGGCGAGCCGACGGGGCACAUGAAUUUCUUCAUCGACAUGUUGGUGACUUUCUUACUCCCCCCUUUUCUGAGGAAGGGCUCGAGAAACUUGGGGAAUGGACGAGCAAGUCAUUUACCGCUGAAGGACAGAGCUGGAAAAAGUCAUGCGUGGAUAUCGUAUUGUCUGGAUUGGGAUGGAUAUCUGUGACAGGACCUGGGAAGGUACGGUUGAGGAUAUGGGUUCCAAGAGGUGUCGGGGUUUUCACAAGGGAGCCAUUGAUGCCGUUUGAAACGGAUGUUGGAGUGAGCAAAUAUACGGGGUCGACAGCGGUGAACAGGAAACAAAUGCGCAAGUCAUCCAAAAAACGAAAACCCGAUGAUUUUGAGUAA